AUGGCCGACACAGAUCUCGAAUCAAUCGGCCGCCACUGCCAAUUCGAAUAUUGCGGACAACUCGACUUCCUCCCCUUCCGCUGCGAAUCCUGCCGGAGCACCUUCUGCCUCGACCACCGCUCCGAAACCGCCCACAAAUGUUCCCACGCUGGAGACUGGGCUCGUCGACGCAACGGUACAACAAACCUUCAAGAGAACCGCACUGCGCCGGAAAAGCCCAACAUCUACAACUCCGACCAAUGCGCCCACGUCUCUUGCAAAACACUCAUCAACACCCUUAAAGACCCCGGCGUGCGCUGCCCGAACUGCAAUCACCAGUACUGCCUCAAGCACCGGCUUCGAGAGGAACACGAGUGCGCCAAGCUUACCCCGCUGGGCGCACGGCAAGGCAACAGCGCCAAUGAGACGAUCAAGUCCAUGUUCUCGCGGAUGCGUACCUGGGGCAAGGAGAAACAAGUUGCAACUUCGAAUCUCAUUCCCAAGCCCAAGGUUAAGCCGAAUAGUCCUGCGGCGCGCGUCGCUAGUGUCAAUGCUAUGAAGCGGUCGGCGAAGGGCGAUGCAGGUGUUCCCGCCGAUAAGCGGAUAUACUUGCAUACGGUUGGGACGGCGGAUACUCAGGCAGCUGAGCCGCCAGCUGGGGACUUUUAUUUCGACUCGAGGUGGAAGGUUGGACGGGUGCUUGAUGAUGCGGCGAAGAGGUUGAAUGUCCAGAAUUUCAAUAAUCGUGGUGGGGGAGAGGAAGCGCGAUUGCGCAUCUUCCAUGUUGAGUCGGGAGAUUUCUUGGAGUUUUCGGAUACGAUUGGGGGUGGGAAACUCAAGUCGGGAGACACGAUAGUGUUGUUGCGAGGGGCUGGUGUGGUUCUUGCGAACUCAUGA